UCCAGACACAAACACCACAGAAGAAGACGCAGCCUCGGGAAGGUCGGACAGAAAGAUGGCGGCUGCCGCAGUGCGCGCGAUCGGCUCGAGCCUCAGCAAAAACCUGCGCGAGAUCCGACUUCAGUUCUGUCAGAGUGGAGCGGGAAGUCAGGGCGCGAGGGAUUUUGUACAGCAGCACUAUAUAACGCUGAAGAAGGCGAAUCCUGAGUUUCCCAUCCUGAUCAGGGAAUGUUCCGGCGUUCAGCCCCGACUCUGGGCCAGAUACGCGUUCGGGAAAGAGCAGAGUGUUCCUCUGGACAACAUGAGCGCUGAUCAGGUGGCUAAAGCUGUGCAGAACGCCGUCAAUGCCAAAGCCUGAGACAUGUUCUUCAGCUCCCUCGAAACACUCUGUGUGUGUGUGUGUGUGUGUGUGUGUGUGUAAAACUGUAAUUAAAGUGUUGUCCUUUAAUAAAUAUAUCUCAUUAAA